CGCUCCACUCGGUUUACUCCUCAUCCUUCAGAGCUAUUUAAAGUAAAGGAGGUAAAUCUUCGCUCCCGCAGCCGACAAUCCUCGCACACAUUUCAACCAAUGGCAGGACGCAGGGGACCGCCGCAGCCAAUCACAGAGCAGCGCGAGCGAAACUCCUGUUAACGACGCUCGACGACCGACGACCAUGGCCGGAGGAGCCGAGUCCUUUUCUGUGUUACUAACUUUUAGCGUUUAGUUUCCACGCGGGCAAAACGGAAUGAAGUGGGGUGAACUGCUGUGAGCAGUGAUGGGGGACAUAGAAGGUUCAUACCGGGCCCUGCAGACCCCUGGCACAAGGCUGGGGGCCCAGUUCAAUGCCGGUAUCAGCACCUUGGAUCCGGGCCAAAGCCUCAGUGCCAACAUGGUCGCUGGGAGCAAAAGCCAUGGGCAAGGACUACAGAUCCGUGUGCAGGCCCUGGACGAGUCUCAGGACUUCUUUGAUGUAGAUCCCAAAGCUCUUGGACAGGCACUCCUCUCUGAGGUUUUCCACAGAGGCAACCUCAUCGAGAGUGAUUACUUUGGCCUCGAGUAUCAGAACAUGCAGAUGAACUGGGUUUGGCUGGAACCCACAAAACCCAUUUUUAAACAAGUCAGAAGACCAGCUAAUACCCUGUUUAGACUGGCAGUGAAAUUCUUUCCUCCAGACCCUGGUCAGCUGCAGGAGGAGUACACAAGGUAUUUAUUCUCCCUGCAGAUGAAGAGAGAUUUGAUGGAGAGCAGGUUGAUCUGCACAGAAAAUACUGCAGCCCUGUUGGCAUCUCACCUUGUCCAGUCGGAGAUUGGCGACUAUGACGACAUGGCAGACGGAGACUACCUGAGGAGCAACAAGAUGCUGCCUUACCAGGAGAAGGUGCAAGAGAGGAUCAUGGAGCUCCACCGCAGACAUCUGGGCCAGACUCCAGCUGAAUCAGAUUUUCAAAUCCUGGAGAUAGCCCGUAAACUGGAGAUGUAUGGUGUCCGUUUUCACCCGGCAGCUGAUCGAGAAGGCACCAAGAUCAAUCUGGCUGUUGCUCACAUGGGUCUUCAGGUUUUUCAGGGCAACACAAAAAUAAAUACCUUUAAUUGGUCCAAGAUUCGUAAACUGAGCUUCAAAAGAAAACGGUUCCUUAUCAAGCUUCACCCAGAAGUCCAUGGGCCUCAUCAGGACACUCUGGAGUUCAUGAUGGCCAGUCGAGACAAUUGUAAAAUCUUUUGGAAGAUCUGUGUGGAAUAUCACUCAUUCUUCCGCAUGUUUGACCAACCCCUUCCCAAAUCCAAAGCUAUACUCUUCACCAGAGGCUCAUCCUUUAGAUACAGUGGAAGGACCCAAAAGCAACUUGUGGACUACAUCAGGGAAAACGGAGCAAAGCGAACACCAUACCAGAGGAGGAACAGUAAAAUACAAAUGUCUGCUCGUUCCCUAGCAACAGAUGUGCCAAAACAGAGCUUGUCAUUCAAUGACAGUCUCAGGACCCCAGGCUCCCCUUCCUCCGCUACAGUGUCUUUCCACUCAGCACACAUCCUAAGUGGCCUCCCACGGACAGAACUCCAACCUCAGCCGCAGCCUUUUCCCACGCUGAGCCAUUCUCCAUCGCCUUCCCAGCAGCAUCAGCAACAACAGAAGCAGCCACAUCUGCAGCAGCUUCAGUCCCCUCUGCAAGCCACCAGACCCCCCAGCCCACUGAAGGAAGAACCUGUCAAGGCCGCUUCCCCAUCCCACUACGCUUUUCAAGAAUCCGUUGUGGACAGCCCUCAGCUCUCGCCCUUCAACUCCAAGGAUCCCCUCUGCCUGUCGCCCUCCUUCCAGAUGUCCACCCUCAGCCUGCCGGGCCAGGCCCCGUCGCCCCUGCAAAGCCCCAUCCUGAGCGAGGUGGGCAGCAAUGCCAGGCUAGAGGAGGAGGAGGAGGGCAGGAGGAAGCGUUAUCCUACCGACAAGGCCUACUUCAUUGCCAAAGAGAUUCUGACCACAGAGCGGACGUACCUCAAAGACCUCGAGGUCAUCACUGUGUGGUUCCGCAGCGCUGUGAUCAAAGAAAACGCCAUGCCCGAAGGCCUGAUGACCCUCCUCUUCUCCAACAUCGACCCCAUCUAUGAGUUCCACAGAGGCUUCCUCAAGGAGUUAGACCAGAGGCUGGCUCUCUGGGAGGGACGAUCAAAUGCUCAUGUCAAAGGCGACUACCAGAGGAUUGGUGAUGUGAUGCUGAGGAACAUGUGUGCUCUGAAGGAGUUCACCAGCUACCUGCAGAAGCACGAUGAGGUUUUGACAGAGUUGGAGAAGGCCAGCAAGAGACUGAAGAAGCUGGAAACGGUCUACAAGGAGUUCGAGCUGCAGAAGGUGUGCUACCUGCCCCUCAACACGUUCCUACUCAAGCCAAUCCAGCGCCUCAUGCACUACAAACUCAUCCUGGAGAGACUAUGCAAACACUACUCCCCUGAUCACCGAGAUCACGACGACUGCAAGGAGGCUCUGAAGGAAGUAGCAGAGAUAGCCACUCAACUCCAGAGUAGUCUCAUCCGGCUGGAGAAUUUCCAGAAGCUGACAGAGCUGCAGAGAGACCUGAUUGGUAUAGAGAACUUGACGGCUCCAGGGAGGGAGUUCAUACGAGAGGGAUGUCUGUACAAGCUCACCAAGAAAGGGCUGCAGCAAAGAAUGUUUUUCCUGUUCUCAGACAUGCUCCUCUACACAAGUAAAGGUGUGACUGCAACCAAUCAGUUCAAAGUGCACGGCCAGCUGCCCCUUCAUGGCAUGAUACUCAUAGUGCUGGAUGCACCGGUGGAGGAGAGUGAGAAUGAGUGGUCUGUCCCCCACUGCUUCACCAUCUACUCUGCUCAGAGAACCAUCGUGGUGGCUGCCAGUUCUAAAGUGGAGAUGGGGAAGUGGAUUGAAGAUCUGAACCUGGCUAUCGACAUGGCCAAGAAGUCGCAUGAAAAAUCCACCAUCUUCUUCGAUCCUGGACUCAGCGAUCGCUCCAACCGGUCGUCGGACGAGGUUUCUCUGGAGCAGGAGUCCGAGGAUGACAUGAACUCCUCCCGGACCUCGCUGGACAAGCAGACCCAUCACCGUGCCAACACAACCAUGCAUGUGUGCUGGCACCGCAACACCAGUGUGUCUAUGUCCGAUCACAGCCUGGCUGUGGAGGUACUCCUCCACCCACAUUGUUUCACCCUCUCAGUCUACGGCUCUCCAGCUGUUUCCCCAGAGCUCCCUCCGCGCUAUCUCCUGGGCCAAGGCCAAAGACCAAACACCAUCACACACGUUUGCUGGUACCGAAACCAGAACCUGUCUCUUACUGAUUAUCUGCGCAUGAAUCAGAACCAGCUGUCAGGGUACCUCCUGAGGAAGUUCAAGAAUAGUAACGGCUGGCAGAAACUCUGGGUCGUUUUCACCAACUUCUGCUUGUUCUUCUACAAGACUCACCAGGACGACUUCCCGCUGGCCAGCCUGCCCCUGCUCGGCUACACAGUCAGCACCCCAGAAGAGUCUGAUAGCAUUCACAAGGAGUACGUCUUCAAGCUGCAGUUCAAGUCCCAUGUUUACUUCUUCCGAGCGGAAAGCGAGUACACCUUCGAAAGAUGGAUGGAGGUGAUCAAGAGUGCUGCCAGCACCACGGGACGGAUGAACCUGCUCAUACCUAAAGGAGGUCCCAUGGAGAUGAACGGAAAAUGAAUCAAACACCAUGUGUCCGGAGGCUGGGCCUCUACGACUCAAAUAAACUCAACUCAGACUCUCUUUCAAUUAACAAAGAACUGAACAUUUUGACAUUAACAAGAUGAGACUGAAAGUUGCUGCCAGUUUUAAAGUGUUAACAUUUCUCUGCUUAACUUCUCUAAAGGGCUGUGUAUUUUUUUGUCUUUGAUUAAUGGUGUAAAUGAUAAAAGUUGUCUCAGUAUACAGGAUAUAAUGAAAGGGAGACUUGUACAUUAUGAUCAAGAUUUUUUUUUGUUUGUUUUUUUGCUUGUGUGACGCUCAAUUGGGCUGUUCUUAUAGACUGAUACAACAGGAAAUACUGAUUUAUGGGACCAAAUCCAACACAAAGGGCUAAAGUUUCAGCUUUUUGAGGGACUUUUUUUCCACCUGAAGCUUUGUCUGGUUUCGGCACUGAGCGAAAGGAAACAUGUUAUACAGUAUGUGGAAAAAUGAAGGAACAGGAUGUAUGUGCGCUCUACUUCGGAAAAGCCAGAGGUGUGUGUGCGUGUGAAAGAGAGAGAGAGAGAUGGAGGUGAGGGGAAAGUUAAUGAAAUGUUAAAACAGGUUUGAGACGAGAAGCCGUUCAAUUCUGGGAGAUUCUGUGGGAACUUAUUAAAUAAUUCAAGCUGCUGUUGGGACAAAGACGCUUCAGACAGAGUGAACUUUUCGCAGGAUUUUAAGCAUCUGCCUGUAUAAAGUGUCGUAGUGUGAAGUUGAGUUUUUCUUGAGGCCAGUCCACUUUAGAGGCUUUAUUUGCCUGUUCAUGGAAGGAUGCAGCUUUUGUUUUGAAUCAAUUCAAAUGGGAGCUGUUCUGCUUAAUACUCCUGAUUAGUUAGGCAGCAUUAUGCCUGUGUGGUGGUACAUUAAUCUCAGAUAUAAUCUUUUGUCCUGUUGUUAAUUUUGCGUAGGGAUAACAACUCGAGGAAAUACUGUGCAGUGGCUGCUCUAGAGUUUACUCUAGAGGAGUGGCAGAUUUUCCCUCUGAAAGCAGAAGAACAUAUUUUGAAGUAACUGUUCUUAGUGAUUGGGUCUUUGUGUUUCUCAAAUGGGAGCGGACUUAUGGGAAGCAAAGGACACCAGUUAUUUAGUGUGCUACAUGCAAUCACGGUACUAUUCGGUAAAUAUUUUUUAUGGAGACUGGAACCUUUACUCUCCGUUUGUGUGCAUGUGUUGUGUGCAUGUGGCUGUGUGUGUGUGUGUGCGUGCAUGUGUCCGUGCAGAAAAGCCAACCGUGUAGUCCCACCUACACCCGCCUCCGGAACCUGUGACGGACAGUGAUGAUGGAGGUCAUCGACGUCCUAACAUUCUGUGUGUGUAAGAGACUGACUCUGUUGCACAGUUAACAUUGAGUAUGUUACUCCUAUUUAUUGUUUAGCAUGUCAUCAGGGCCGUGCUCCCGAGUGCCCUCGUGUAGUCUUCAUGUUAUACCAGUGAUAACCUAACGAAUAAAAGAUCAUUUCAGUCA